GUGCACUUCAUCAUGAAUUCGCAGUUUCUAGAAACCAAAGUUUCUUCCCCUUCCUUGUUUGGAUAUUUCUGAAACUUUGUCUCUCCCAUCACAUUCCCACACUAUCCUCUGUUUUCUCUUUCCUCUGUUUCAACUUUCGCUUGUUUCUGUUUUUCUUCUGGCUUGUCUUGUUAGGGGGAUUAAGUUUUCUUCAAGGCUUGGUUUAACAGCGACGGAAAGAGAAGUAGCCAUUCGACACGUAACAAUUUCUGAGCCUAGUUACAGUGUGGUGUGGAAUUUGCAACAUUGUUAGCCAAGUCACCUUAUGUAAAACAGAGAGAUUGGUGCUUAUCAAGAAAAAAAAAGAAAAACAGAGAGAUUGGUGUUGAUUGAACAGAUAGAUUGAGCAAUUUGCGGGGGAAAAUGGGUAUCUAAAUGCCAAUAAAUAGAAGACUUUGACUCAAUUCUCUUUCUUCUUCUUUGAAAGAAACAAAAAAAUUUCAAUCCCAAUAAUUUCUCAAACUGUCUUUAUUUUCUCUGUUUCUUUUUACUUUUCUCCUCUGUUUUUCCCUGAUCUGGAUUCUCCAUACUUCUCAUUGUAUUCAAGGUUGGAAGAGAAGAAGUUGAAACUCCUCUUUAGUUCUUCCCUCUGUUUCUGUUCUGUUUCUGUGAUACCAUGAUUUUGGAUAAAGGGUCAAUGCAAUCUAAGUCUAACCUUGACUGCUUCCUAAGGUGCACCACACCUGUGGUGCCAUCUCAGUUUCUUCCAAAGCAUGAUAUUAGAAAGCUUAACCCUUUAUGGCAUCCAUGGAAUAGAGAAGCAGUUGAGUAUUUCACUCUGGGUGAUCUAUGGAAUUGCUUCCAUGAAUGCAGUGUCUAUGGAGCUGGAGUUCCAAUCACCUUGGCCAAAGGGGAGACACUUGUGCAGUACUAUGUGCCUUACCUCUCUGCAAUUCAAAUAUUCACCAGCAACACCUUCAGGGAAGAGACUGAGUUAGGUGAAUGUGAGACAAGGGAUUCUUACAGUGACUCUUACAGUGAUGAGAGUGAGUGUGAUAAGCUAUGGAGAUGGGAUGGAACUUCAUCAGAAGAAGGAGGGUUUGAGCAGGAUUGUUUAUGGCACCAAAAUGACAGAUUGGGUCACCUCUAUUUCCAGUAUUUUGAAAGAUCAACUCCUUAUGGAAGAGUUCCUCUAAUGGAUAAGAUUACUGGGUUAGCCGAAAGAUUCCCAGGGUUGAUGUCACUUAAAAGCGUUGAUCUUUCACCAGCAAGUUGGAUGGCAGUUUCUUGGUAUCCUAUAUAUCAUAUCCCUAUGGGAAGAACAAUUAAAGAUCUUUCAACAUCCUUCCUCACUUACCACACACUUUCAUCUUCAUUCCAAGAUAUGGACCUUGAUGAUGACAUUGAGGGAGCCCACGAGAAGAGAAAGGAAGGUGAAGGCAUCUCCCUGCCCCCAUUUGGUCUGGCCACGUACAAGAUGCAAGGGAAUGUGUGGAUCUCAGGCCAUUGUGGUAGGGACCAAGAGAGGGUAGUUUCACUCUUGAGCGUGGCAGAUUCAUGGUUAAAGCAACUAAAGGUUCAACAGCAUCAUGACUUCAACUACUUCAGGGGCAUUCGGCAUGGCUAAACGUACAAAUCAAUGAUGAGAAGAAACUUCUCUAAGUAGCUUCUAGAUGUCGAGAAAUUGAUUCGGCCUUUGCUUGGACCAUUAGUUGCACUUCUUUUCUCUGCUCUUGAGUAAGUGUGGGGAAUGAGGAAUUGUAGUUGUGUAACCCUUGUGAGCAUUUUAGGACAAGAACUUGUGGGGUUGGUUAACACAUUAAUUGACUACUCUUAGUAACCUCUUCUCAUGAGGUAUUUGUAUGUAGAGAGGUCAGGUGAGCAUAGUAAUUUGAACUUUCAUAACUUCGUAUUGACAAUGAUAGUUAACGGAUGAGAUGAGAGGUUGAAUUUUUCUGCAA